AUGACGCAGCGAGCGCAGCGAGUGCAGAGAGCCGCUGGGGCACUGCUGAGUGUCAACGGUGGCACAGCUGGACUCUUUUGGUACGACAAGCGCCAAGCAGAGGCAAAGAAGUGGCGGAUCAGCGAGCGAACUCUUUGUGUUACCGCGUUGCUGGGGGGUUGGCCCGCUGGCUACUGGGCCAUGAGACGAUUUCGUCACAAAUCCGCGAAAAAGAGUUUCCAAGACAAAUACUUCGCGGCAACAAGCGGAAAUCUCUUGUUCGCAUGUGGUUUGCAUCCCCGCUCGCGACGGACAGUUCUGCAAUAUCUCCGACGAAGGUGA